AUGGGACGCAAGAAGGCGGUCCCCCAGCCGCUCUCCAUACCUCACACCAAUUUGAACAUCACAAGCAAGACCACUAGCUCUGCAACGACCUCCAUCCCACCUGAGCCUACCGCUGCCGCCCAAGCCGUAUCAGCCGCGAACUCGACUCUUGGGACAGCAUCGUCUACGUCGACGGGCCUCUCCCCAUCCGAGUCUAGAUCCCCAGCCUCCGCGAGCGCGCGCAUAUCGCCGUUCAGCAGCAGAUUUGCUCAGAAGCGCCCUCAGACUGCACGCGCCGGCCACCCGUCCAAGACAGACGACUUUGACCAGUUCGACCGACGUCGCCCCUCGCAGCCAUCCGUCCAAGGCUCAGCACAAUCGCAGAAAGCUGCUGCCUAUCCUCACAUUGCUUCUACCUACAACCACUCGAGCACAUCCCUCCGAUCAGCGCAAUCGACAUCGCAAAGCCGAACACCACCAACCCAAGGUCAACAACCCCCGAAGCAGGUACAACACGAGCCCAAAAAGUCGAGAGGUUUCUUCCAUUUCGCGAAGCCCUCCAAGUCUUUCACUCAGUUCACAAGUCAACCAUCCCACAAUUCGAUACCCUCACGCGACGAGCCGCAACCCGCUGAACUAGAGCGCGCAGACACAUCUGGUUCUAAUCAAGCAGGCUCCACCCAUCGCGACGCUGCCCACCCCCAAUCUUCUUCUGGAAGGCCACUGCACCUCAAAUCGUCACGGUCGCAACACUCUUUGUCCUCACACGGCGAACGCGACUCUCCCCAGGCGGCUCCCAAGCGAAAGCCAUUCGGCCUUCUCAAACGCACCAAAUCUCUCCGAGACAAUCUGCGCGACAUUGCCAACCCCUCCGAGCAGCAACACGAUCCGAUGCCUACGUUGGCCCCACAGUCGACCAACGGAAGCGAGUCGCCGUCUGUGCAGACAGCGCCCGCGCAGCAACAUAAGGAGAGUCCUCGUCGCGACGUGAUGGACUCCCCCCCACGAAACCCGUCUGAGGACAGGGAACCUUCACGCGAAGGCCAGGUAACCCGAGAACAGCGCCGCGACAAGUCGCCAAAAGGCGCACCCGUGCCCGCACCUACACCUGCACCUGCACCUACACCUGCACCCGCACUCGCACCCGCACCCGCACCCGCACCCGCACCAGUCCGCGAGAAUGGACACUCGACAUUCUUCAGUGGACUCAAAAACUCAUCUACAAAGGCUGCCGGUAUGUUCAAUCGGGGAUUCUUCAAAGGUCACCGAAGCGCUAGUACCCACGAACACCAGCAUUCGUUUGACGACGAACACUAUGAGCUCAAGGUUCUGAACCUUCCUCUAGCAGCUCAAACGCGCAAGACACGGAUAUCCAAGCGACUAGAAGAUUCGAGGGAUAAGACCGAGUUCUGGAUGCCCGCCUUUCCAUGGAGAGCUAUUGAUUAUCUCAACUUCAAGGGUUGUGAGGUAGAGGGUCUGUAUCGCGUCCCAGGCAGCGGUCCUCAGAUCAAAAAGUGGCAACGGCGGUUCGACGAGGAACAUGAUGUCAACCUCUUCGAGGCAGAUGACCUAUACGACAUCAAUAUUAUCGGCUCCAUGCUGAAAGCAUGGCUUCGGGAGCUACCCGAAGAGCUCUUCCCCAAGGCUGCUCAGGAGCGAAUUGCGCGAGAAUGUGCGGGAGCAGAAACUGUUCCGCAGUUGCUCAUCGAUGAGCUGUCGAAUCUGUCGCCUUUUCAGUACUAUUUGCUCUUCGCUAUCACUUGCCAUCUCAGCCUUCUCCUGGCCAACUCGGACAAGAACAAGAUGGAUUUCCGCAAUCUCUGCAUCUGUUUCCAGCCUUGUAUGAAAAUCGAUGCGUUCUGCUUCAAGUUCCUGGUCUGCGAUUGGAGGGACUGCUGGAAAGGUUGUGCCAACGAGGCAGCCUACAUAGAGCAGGAGUAUAUCCUGCUCGACGAGCCGCCACCACAGGGACUUUCUCAAUCAGCAGAGCUCUCGCAAACUGUCGCCGUGCCGCCAGCUGCGGCAACUCGGCGGUCCCGCUCGGAGUCCAGUCAGCGCUCGGCCAACGGUGCCGCACCAGCUCGAGCACCGCAAAAACCCCAGGUACAGGGAUCGCAGUCCAAGGACAGCGUGGGCUCAAACGGGUCCACGAUAUCGACAACCAUGACGUUCAACAGCGAGCAGGAAGCGGCGAAAAGCAAAUCAGUGGAGCUACGCCGGCUUUCUCCCAUCCAGCCUUUAUCACCGCUUGGCUUUCAUUAG